AUGCCAGAGCCAUCAGUACCUAUCGCUGGCCUCGACGACAGAGCCUCCCCGAGCAGUGUUACCAAGAGCUUCAGCUCAGAAGAACAGAUUACAAACCAGCGUGACAACAACCACCGUACAACAACAUCUCGGAUCGAGGAUACACCAGAACAUUCCUAUGCUGAAAUCUCGUCUACAGAUGAGGAAGACCGAAUUUUAAGCCCAUCUUUCUCACCCAGCCCAACCUCUGUCAUUUCAUCCAACCGAGCUCUUGGAAAGAGAAGAGAAGCUACUCCCAUAGAUGCAGAUGACUUUGAGUACGGAUCUACUUCAAAACGCAGGAAGACGACCGGAGCUCCUUCUAAUCACCCUGCUGCUUCCGUAGGCAACAGAAAAGUAGCAGUUCAGAGAACACACGGACUCACGAGGACCCUACGCAUCUCGAAGCCUGACGACCAUGCUGCCAACAAGAAUAAAUUUAGGGCUCCAAACUCGCACACUUUGAGUAGCGCCUCUGGCGGAACGAGAAUUGCCCCCUGGAUCAACACCGAUGAUUGGCACGAAGAUGCCCAAACAUCUGCAUCCUCUCGUAGCCUUGGCAAUGUGGAUAAAAGCACCGAGCCUUCCGCAGACAAUGCGGUUUCUCCAAAUGAUCAUAGCCUGAAGCCCUCAGACGCAGGUACGUGUAAACGAAAAGAUGUCGAAUUGUCUGACGACGAAGUCGCCGAUGUCAACGUUGCGCCCAAGAGGCAAAAUACAAGCUCGAUCUCUCUGGAGUCUGUCAACCAGAAGGUCGACGCAUGCUUCGAUAUGAUCAGCAACAUGAUCACGAAUCAACGAAAUCUCCCCGAAGAAUAUUCCGAGCACGUUCAUCAGCUCAUCCGUACCUUCAAAGACCCAAAUGGCUCCAUCUUUGAGAAUCUGAUUAGGGAUCUUGACUCUCAACGCUCUCUCAAGACGAAGCAUCGCAUCAUGGUCCAGAAACUUGUCGAGUUCGUGGAUCUCAGCAACGGAACAGUCUUUCCGAAGGUGCCUGCUCAAAAUGAGGUCGACAAGGUGUGGACAGCAUUGUACGAACACAUCGUCUCCACUGUGGGUCCCAACAAUAUUACCCCAUGUCCUACUCCAGAGGGCGCCGGAUAUCUCACCUGUGCUGCCGAAGGUAUUGCCAACGGUCGAAUUCCUGACGACCAGCUUGAGACGUGUGUUGAAAGCCUUCAGCAAUACCUGCAAAGCCCACACGCCCAACAAACCCUUUUCAGUGCCCUUUUCAGCCGCUGGGGCUUUACUACUCCAGAGCCGAUGCUCAGGACCAUGCACUCGGAUGGUAUGAUGCAGUUGUACAGCGCAGUCAAGAACGCAGCUCAAGAUGCCCAAUCAGAAGGGUUGGAGAGAGUCCAGCAUUACGACAAAGUCGCGACCAAGCACAUGUUCGAAGAUGCAGAUUUUCAGACAGUCCAUGUCUCGCGCCGAAGGUCAGAAUUCAGAUUGCGCUUUGAAAUGGCAAAGGAGAAGCUCUGCCGGCCCUCAAACAUACCGACCAGCUUAUCUCCAAGCAGAUUCGCAAAGGAAGUCGUCGCGCUCAAACAAAAGCUCCUGCUAAGUCCCAAGGAGUACCGCAUCCACUUUGUCCGCCCGGGCAACACGUUCCGAGCAAGCCGGAUGCGGGCAUGUGAUGAAACCAACGAGCCAGUCUCGGACGAAAAAGCAGCAGGAAAGCGAGUGUUGCUGUGCAUGUUUCCGAUGCUGACGUGUGAGGAGCCGCAGGCCAUGAAAGAGGAUGCGAAGGUUGUGGAUGUGCUGUGCAGGAACAAAAGCUUCUUCCCAACGUUCAAAGAGAGCAUGCAGAUUCCAAAUCCAGAACUACUACCGUCAAAGGCAGUGGUGCUGGUGUCGCAGGACUGA